ACGAAAAAAGAGAGUGUUUGGCGGACGAAAACAACAACAAACUGUCCAGAGAUAAAGGAAUCAAUGAACUGUCCUCUUGAAACAUCUUGAACUUGAACCUCACUUUUUCCAAAUUAUUUCUUUCUCUACAAUGGAGGUCCAAACAACUCUAGCCCUAGCUGACAGUUCAUCUGAUGACUCGUCUAGUUCAACUAGUUCUGACGACGAUGAAAUCAUUGCGUUGGCCUGGCUUGAGCAGCAACGAAGAGGGCUUCGCAGUAUUCAAAGGCUCAGGAGGGAACACCAAAGAAAAACACGCCGAACUCAAACCAUCCUCUCAAUGAUGUUGGCAUCGAUGAAUUCGGGUCGAGGAAAGAAUCGGUCAGUUUGGAUUCACCCGGUCAUCAAGGACAAGAAGGACAAUUUGUGGGACCGAACCAAACUACUGGACGAUGCCGAGUUUGUGAAGAAAUACAGACUUGGCAGAGCUUCAUUUGACUUCAUACUAGAGAAAAUUUCGCCUGUUUUGAAGAAAAAUGAUACGAACUUGCGUAAAGCUCUUCCUGCCGACUUCCGAAUGGCUGUGGCCGUUUACGUUUUGAAAAGUGGUUGCUAUUCGUCGGUAGCCGCCAACGUUUUCAAAGUGGGUGAAAGUACUGUGCCUGUUUUACUUCAUGAGUUUUGCAAAGCUGUCAACCAAGUAUUGCUGACCGAGACGAUCAAAUUUCCAAAAACCAAGGCUGAAAAAGAAGCCGCAGCAAAGGAUUUUUGCGAAAACUGGCAAUUUCCCAACACUAUUGGAGCCUUAGAUGGCACUCAUUUCCCAAUAGUGUCUCCUAAACUGAAUCCUCAGAAUUAUUUAAACUACAAAAAGUACAAUUCUCUGGUUCUCUUGGCACUUGUUGAUGCGAAUUGCCAAUUUUCUUAUGUAAAUGCAGGAAAGCCAGGGGGUGUCAGCGACGCAGAAAUUUUCCAUGCUAGCCAGCUCGAGAGCAUUUUGACUGACGAAGACAAGAUGGGUGACAUGCAUGUUGUAGCCGACGAAGCUUUUCCACUGCUUAAAGGUCUCAUGAAACCGUUCCCAGUUACAGAGCAAAUGUCCGAGCGUGAAGAACAUUUCAAUGCUCGCCUUUCGAGGGCCAAAAGUGUUGCUGAAGAAGCAUUUAACCGUUUAAAAUCUCGUUGGAAGAUUCUUAUGAAGCGAUCAGAUUACAAUGUUGAAAAUUUGAAAGAGAUCAUAAAGACCUGUUCCAUCUUGCACAAUGUGUGCCAGAAAUUUGAUGACAAAUUUUACGAUUCAUGGCUGACUAAGCUGGUUGCAUUCGAUGCACGUUUUCCGCAACCUGACAGAAUUUUGAAAGGUACGGAGAAUGUGUUUGCUGUGGAAAAAAGGAGUAAUUUGACUGAGGAACUCUUCAAUGACAAUGUAAUCUUCGAAUAUGAAAAAUAACCAUUUUUUGUGUGAUGCAAAUUUUUGGUAUAAAAUCCACAAUAAUUCUGUAGCAAUGUAAAUAAAA